CUACUUGGUUAAUUGCCGCUUGGUUAGCUACUACUUGGUUAGUUGCUGCUUGGUUAGCUGUCACUUGGUUAGUUGCUACUAAUCAAAAAAAAAAAAAAUCAGUAUUAGUGAAUCUUAAUGAAACAAAUUUCAAAAAUAUCUCUGAACUUACAAAAAACCACGUAUUAUUGAGGUUGUAUGAUGUUGACGGUUAUAUUAAUAAGAAAAGUGGGGCCGGCGACGUUAGCAAACCUGCAUUUUGCUAUACUUAUAAACUUCAAGAACGAGUUGAUUAUAGAAAAGUAUCAACUGAUUAUAAAACUACUUGCUUGAAACUUCCUAGUUUCAUAAGGAUUCAUCAUAUUAUAAAGACAAUUCAUGUAAAUUUAUCAUGUGAAACCCGUGAAAACGUUUAA